AUGAAACCGACAUCCAUCUCUAUUGUCUUGGACACAGACACGGUCAGCCUGUUCGGCGAGCGCACACAGGCUGCCGGCCACAUCCUGACUGGCAAGGUUGUUGCCAGGUUCCGCACCACAACCAAGGUGCGCUCGCUGGACGUCUCAUUCACUGGCGAGCAGGCCAUCAGCUUCACACCACGCCCUGCCAGCGCCAGUGCCCGGGGCCGGCAAUCACCAGUGACUGCAAACAGGCGUCUGGCAGACAUCUCGCAGCAGCUGGUAGUACCGGGUGCCGACAAAUCCACAGCUACAUUUAGCGCCGGCAUGCACGAGCUGAGAUUCGAGCUGGUGCUGCCAGGCGACCUGCCACCGACGGCCAACCUCCUGUUUGGCAGCAUUUCAUACACUGUGCGUGCCAAGCUAACGCUGACAGGUCUGCGGUCAAACUGCAGUGCACAGACACCGGUGGUGGUGGUGCGGAAUCCCGGCGAAGGCAGCGAGUGGGCAGACGCAAGCGCCGAUGCUCUGAGCGCCAGCGCUGAAUGGGAGGACAAGGUCAAGGUGACGCUGGCCCGCGACUCUCACAUCGUGGCAGACAGCGCGCUGGCCCAGUUCACAUGCAUUGUCGAGCCUGGCAUCAAGGGGCUGCGUCUAAUGGCGCUCGAUCUGGUGCUCAAGGAGGUGCAGACGGUGUUCCGCGAUGCUGGCCAUGUGCCGGUCCACAGAGAGACGCAGGUGAUUGCACGCAAGCGCAUUGCCUUUGGCAGACAGGGCUCCGCAGCCGACAGCCGGGAAGAGCACCGGGUGGCGCUAAAUAUGCCGGCUGCCUACGAGGAUGUGCAGUUCGAGCUCCAGUCCGACAGCGUCACCGUGCGGCAUCAGGUGGUGCUGACAGCGCUGGUCAAGGCACCCGAAGGCGCUAUUGUCGAGAUGACCAUCCCCGCCUAUGUCUCGGUGCUGCCAAAUGCCGGCGCCAACGGCACCAUUGACCUUCCCCUGUACGAGAGCUCGGGCUCUGACCGGCUGAUCCAGACAUCCCAGUCUGUCAUUUUACCAGGCGCUCUGUCUGAUUACGGCGCCCAGUCUGCUGGUGCUGACAGCGCCGUUGCAGUGACUCGUGACCUGCCGCCAUAUUCGCUGCCUGUGUGCCCGUCGUGCGGCAAAGAGGACGUGUCUGUGCUGCAGUGCCACACGGCGGCUGCGGUUAGAAUCAGCCGGAUGCCCCCCAAUGCCGAGAUCGAGGACCUGUGUGCUGAACUAUGA